ACACCGUGGAUGAAAAAAUAGGGAUAGAGAGUGGCAGCACAUAGAAAUGCCGAUUUGCGGGCGUGUGACAUUUCGAUAUUAGAAAAAGUUAUUUUGGAGUAUAUUACGUUAUGCCCAUUAAAUGCAUCGACUCGGUACACGAGUAUUUCGGAUAAAUGGAAAAUACGGAAUGUAAUUCAAUCUAAUCCGUGGAAAAUAUAGAUCGUUGUGAGAUGCGUGCAUCUGCUCGUAUAUAGGUUAUAGAGACAUCGUAACGACAUCGAAACCUUCGCACGACGAAAAUGAUUGGGAAAAAAUGGAUGCUGCAGUGAUAGAAGUUCUCCAGCAGGCAGGUAGUCAAGAUCCUAAUGUUUUAAAACCAGCGGAACAAACGUUAAAGGAAUGGGAAACUCAAAGAGGAUUUUACACUGCUCUAUACAAUGUAUUUUCAAAUCAUUCCUUGGCUGUUAAUAUUAGAUGGAUGGCCGUUUUGUACUUUAAAAAUGGCGUCGAUAAAUAUUGGAGAAAAAAUGCACCGAAUGGAAUAGAAGAAGAUGAGAAAGAAUUUCUACGUCAACGGUUAAUAAGUAAUUUUGAAGAACCUGUAAAUCAAUUAGCACUUCAAUUAGCAGUUCUCAUUGCUAAGAUAGCAAGAUAUGACUGUCCCAGAGAAUGGGACGUAUUAAUACCUACACUUUUGGAAGUUAUAAGAGGUCAAAAUUCUAUAGCACAGCAUCGAGCGCUUCUUACAAUGCAUCAUGUUGUUAAAGCUUUAGCUUCGAAACGUUUAUCAGGAGAUGUAAGACUCUUUGAAAACUUAACCCAUAAUGUGAUCACGUUUAUUCUUAAUACAUGGAAUACGUACACCGAAUCAUUUCUUAUAAUGGCAUCGAACGGAGUAGAUGCAAAUCAGAUACAAGAACCUUUAGAAAAAGCAUUACUGUUAUUAAAAAUACUUCGUAAACUUAUUGUCUAUGGAUUUCAUAAGCCAUCUCUAUCUGAAAAUGUCAUGCGAUUUUUGGAAGUAAUAUUCGAGCGAGCUCAUACAUGUCUCGAAUGGCGUAAAACGUUAGUUUCAAAGGGUAUACAAAUGGAGGUUUGUGAUAAAUUCAUAAUUCAUUUGACCAAAGUGUUACUAGAAGUAUUAGAAAUGCAUCCACUUUGUUAUGUCGAAUUGAUACCAACGUCUUUAGAAUUCUCAGUUUUUUAUUGCUUCACGGAAGCUGGUCAAGCAUUAGCUUUUGAAAGAUUUAUCAUACAAUGUUUAAAUUUAAUGAAGAGUAUUUUAUUAUCGGUUUGGUAUAGACCGGCUAAAGGAAUUGGAGAGUCUAAAGAUCCAUUGACAGUGAGAGCCUAUCAAUUAAGGCAGGAAUUUUUUACGCAUCAAACCUUAACCGAAAUUUGUUCGAGACUUGUCACUCAUUACUUCCUUCUAACACCUGCAGACUUGGAAUUAUGGGAUACUGAUCCUGAGAACUUGGCUGUAGAUGAUGGGGGUGAACCAUGGAAGUAUAAUUUAAGAGCCUGUACUCAACUUGUAUUCUUAGCUAUUUUCCAUCAAUUUAAAGAUGUUCUUGCUUCAGUCCUGGUUGACUUGAUACAGAAACAUCAUCAACCUGUUGAACCAAGUGAUUUACACGCAAUUUUACUGAAAGAUGCUGUGUAUAACGCAGUUGGUUUGGCAGCUUUUGAUUUAUAUGACGAAGUAAAUUUUGAUCAAUGGUUUUCAACGACAUUAAAGGAAGAAUUAAAAGUUAAAAGUAAUAAUUAUAGAAUCAUUAGAAGACGAGUAUGUUGGCUUAUUGGUCGAUGGGCAGGUGUAAAAUUAAGUACUAAGUUGAGACCAGAAUUUUACCAACUUAUGAUAGAAGCUUUGAGUCCGGAAGAAGAUUUGGGCGUUCGUUUGGCAGCGAUCGAUGCCUUAAAACUUGCAAUAGACGACUUCCAAUUUCAUACAGCAGAAUUUACACCUUAUUUGGAGUCUACGUUCUCGUUGUUAUUCACUCUACUAAAAGAAGUUACCGAAUCUGAUACCAAAAUGCACGUUCUAUUUGUAUUAUCAUGUAUGAUCGAGCGUGUGGGAUACGAUAUAAAACCAUACGUCGGUGCUCUGACUUCAUACUUAUCAACGCUAUGGCAACAAUCUGAAAAUCAUCAUAUGUUAAGGUGUGCUAUAGUAACAACCCUGGUUCAUUUGGAAAAGUCGAUAGGUUCGGACAGUAGUAUCUUGCAACCAUUGGUAGUACGUGUCGUAGAUCUAAGCUGCGAUGUCACUCAAGAAGGACACGUUUAUUUGUUAGAAGAUGGUUUAGAAUUGUGGUUAGCACUUUUGGAAAAUGCGUCGGAACCAACACCAGAAAUAAUGGAUCUUUUCCGAAACAUGCCUCCUUUAUUAGAAUCAUCAACAGACAAUUUGAGAUUAUGUUUGUACAUACUUCAAGCAUACGUAUUAUUGAGUCCUCAAGAAUUUCUAUGUCAAAGAGGAACGGUAAUAAUCGAAACGUUGAGAUCACUUUUAGGAGAUUUACGUUGCGAAGGUAUCGUCGUGGCAAUGAGAUUAUUUGAAACAUGUCUUCGAGUUUCUCCCGAGCAAGGUGCAGAGUUAAUCAGACCUCUUUUAAUGAAAAUAUUCGAAAGCGUUUACAAAGGCGAAGAAUUUCCAAUGGUUAUGACCAUGUGUUUGUCUAUCGUCGCAAGAGUUUUACUUUGUUGUAAAAAUAUUUUUGUACAGGUAAUCAGUGAAUUAUCGAGAAACAUAGGGGGUGGUGAGACGAACGAGGAAGCUGUGCUAGGACAAAUAGUACACAUUUGGGUGAGCCGAAUGCCUCUCGUUACUCAACCAGAACGACGCAAAUUAUUAGCUCUCGCACUUUGUUCACUUCUCGAAGCUAACAGUCCACCAAGCGUUCUUCAACAUUUUCCAUCUAUUAUAUCUAAUAUAGUCGAAACUCUUAACGAUAUAACGAAAUACGACGAUGCGGGAUGUCCUACAGAUUCUCUGAUGAUAAGCGAUCCGCCUAGUCCGUCUCAAUACGAUGACGUAGAUUAUGACACUCUACAUGGACAAAGGAGAAAGAAACUUGCUUUGAGCGAUCCAGUUCACAAUUUGUCUUUAAACAAUACACUCCAUAACCAAUUUAUUAAAUUACGAAGAACGGUAGGGAACGAUCAAUUCGAUCAUCUGUUAAAUACCCUUAAUCCUGACGUCAACGAGGAACUUAAUUUAUGCCUUGGAAUGCAGGAUAUAGCACUAUGAACGAAAAACAAAACAAGAAAAAAGAAAAUAGGAAAUAGAAACAAAAAUGUGGUCGACGAAAAUAAAAGAUUAUUCUCUCAAAUGCUACAUACACAUACAACAUGUAAAAAAAGCUUUACGAUGCUCUACUGUAAAACGGCACUAUUUUACUGUAUGAUACUACCUGUUUCACUGUAUUAAUAAUGUUGAUAAUAAAAGGACCUAUGUCGCCACUGGAAAAAUA